AAUAAAUGUGCUCUGUCAUGUGUAGGGAAGGAGAUGGUAGAUUACAUCACAGAAUACCUGACGAAGAUCAGAGAAAGACAAGUCAUUCCAGAUGUCCAGCCAGGGUACAUGAGAGAGCUACUUCCAGAAAAUGCUCCCUUGGAUGGAGAAAACUGGGAUUCUAUUUUCCAAGACGUGGAGAAAAUAAUAAUGCCUGGGGUGGUGCACUGGCAGAGCCCACACAUGCAUGCUUACUUUCCUGCCUUGACCUCCUGGCCCUCUCUACUGGGAGACAUGCUCGCUGAUGCCAUCAACUGUAUAGGAUUCACCUGGGCAUCCAGUCCUGCAUGCACAGAACUGGAGAUGAACGUGAUAGACUGGCUGUGUAAGGCUCUGGGUCUGCCAGUACACUUCCUACACCACCACCCUGACAGCAGAGGAGGGGGCGUAUUGCAGAGUACUGUCAGUGAAUGCACCCUGAUUUCUUUACUUGCGGCCCGAAAAGACAAGAUAUUACAGUUGAAGAAGUUGGAAGCAGACACAGAUGACUCAGUGAUCAACUCCAGGCUUAUUGCUUAUGCCUCUGACCAGGCUCACUCCUCGGUGGAGAAAGCUGGACUGAUCUCCCUGGUGAAAGUCAGGUUCCUUCCAACUGAUGAGAACUUCGGUCUGCGUGGGAGCACUCUCCAAGCUGCUAUAGAGAAGGACCGAAAGAAUGGCCUCAUCCCAGUGAUGCUCUGCGCCACCCUGGGCAGCACAGGAGUGUGUUCCUUUGAUUACCUGUCAGAGCUGGGGCCAGUGUGUGCCAGAGAAGGACUGUGGCUGCAUGUGGACGCCGCGUAUGCCGGCUCGGCUUUCUUGUGCCCCGAGUUGCGAGGGUCUCUUGAAGGCAUUGAGUUUGCAGACUCGUUUGCAUUCAACCCUUCCAAAUGGAUGAUGGUUCACUUCGACUGCACCGCCUUCUGGGUGAAGGAUAAGUGCAAACUCCAGCAGACCUUCAGUGUUGACCCCAUUUAUCUCAGGCAUGAUAACUCAGGAGCCACCGACUUUAUGCAUUGGCAGAUUCCACUGAGUCGCCGUUUCCGUUCACUGAAGCUUUGGUUUGUCAUGCGCACCUUUGGAAUGAAGAACUUGCAGGCACAUAUUCGACAUGGUGUGGAUAUGGCUAAGCUUUUUGAAUCUCUUGUAAGAAGUGACCCUAACUUUGAGAUUCCUGCCAAACGGCACCUGGGCCUGGUGGUUUUCUGCUUGAAGGGAGGUAAUGCCCCGACACAGGAGUUGCUGCAAAGGCUUACAAAAUCGGGUGCCAUGUUCGUCAUUCCUGCGGCCAUUCACAAUAAGCUGAUCAUUCGUUUCACCGUGACCUCACAGUUCACCACCCCAGAGGACAUCCUCAGGGACUGGGCCAUCAUACGCCAGACGGCCACCGCCAUUCUGGACAAGGAGCCAUGCAGGCUGUCCAGCAGCACAUCAGAGCUGAAGGAUGAAGCUGGAAGACCAGAGCCACUGAAGACCGCACGCCCCGUGACCCCAAGUGUAAAGAAGACCGCACGCUCUCUAAGCUGCAGCAGUGCACUGCUGUCCAGCCCCAGAGAUCCCGUGACCGUCCCAAAGGAUGGCUCGACAACCAAUGCCGGCGCGACCCUGUCUGAUAUUCCGGAACAAGCCGACAGAAUCCUGGGCAGAAAGGUAUUGAAGAAGCUGACCAAGUUCUAUAGUGUGCCCAGCUUUGCCCAGACAUGGAUGCAGUGUGGCAUGCAGCAGGUCUACUGCCCCACCAAGAGCUUUCAGGCGUGCCCCAAGCCUUGGAUCAUCAGCAGCAGAGUCAACUGCUUCAACUGCUUUAGCAUGUCCCAAAUGGACUCCUAUGCACUGCAGACUAAAUAG